AUGCAGCCCGGCGCUGAUAUUACCACCGUCGAAAUGCCGAGCGCUUCUUUAUGUGCGGAAACCGCCAAAAUCAACCCGACAGAGUGGUUCCCCGCGUACCAGAGCUGCGUACGACACUUUCUCAACGUGGCACAGCAUACGCCAAAAACCCAAUCCCUCGCGGCCCUGGUCAACAUCCUCCUACCUUGUCAGCGCACCUCCGAUCCCGUUUCACAAUACACACCUACAUGCGCGGUCUCGCUCAUCCCGUACAUUCGACGACUUGUCAUUACAGCAGCAGACGCGCCCCCGGUCCUGCAGGAGCUCUUCGGGGAGGAGUGGUAUGCGGGAAUCGGGCCUCUACAUUCUCAGGAACGGGUAAACUAUCUCUUUACCGCCAAGAGCGGCGGCUGGCUGGAAACCAAGGCUCAUUACGACAUGACACCGCACGAAACAGUGCCGUUUCUGCGUCCGUUGCGCGACCCGCAAGAAGAGGAACUCCGCGCGGCUGAUGCGCGAUGGAGCCAGUGGCUGGCCAUGGAGGACUGGAUGGUGGGACCGCGUAGUCCGUUUGAGGAGAUGACAGAAAACUGA